AUGGAUACAAAACAAUUCGAUGAUGAUAAUGGAAACGGAAAUACGCAAUUAACACAAAAAGAUAGUCAAUUUAGUCAAAUACUCGAGUUUCGUAACGUUCAAUGUGAGCAAAUUGAAAAGAAACGUUAUGCAACCUUACUCGCAAUGGAUAAAGGAAUGAAUUCUAUUGCAUUAUAUACAGAAUAUUUUGGUUUUGGUCGAAAAUCUGCUUAUGAAUAUUAUUGUGAUUUUCACGAGCUGUCAGGCAGUAAAGAGCUUUGGUUAGCAAUCAGCUCCCAGCAUUGUUAUAUUCAACGAGAUUUUGCCGAAAAGAAAACAUAUUUAUAUGAUACAAGCAAAUUUGGCACUUAUAUUAAUACAGUUAAAAUCGGCAGUGGUAAUCAGCGUCAGUUGAUUAGUGGUGAUUUGAUAAGUAUUGUCGAUCCGAAAUUUUUUGUUUUUAUGUACCUUGAAGGUAGUCAAGAGUUCGGUGAUUAUCCAAGUGAAUUAACUGAGCGUUAUUUUGUUUCAAACCAUCUUAUUGGUGAAGGAGCAAUGGGAAAGGUAUUCAUAGGAAAAUGCCGAAAACGAGCGUCUUUAGCUGUGGCCAUUAAAAUGAUACCGAAAAAACGCAUUUCGUUUGUAGCAGAUCGCAGUGAAUCUGGUCUUGGUCCGUCGACUGAGCUAAUUAAACGUGAAGUUGAGAUAAUGCUUAGCGUUUCUCACCCAAAUUGUAUACAAUUAGAAUAUGUAUGUGAAUCUCCUAAAAUGGCCUACAUAGUAAUGGAGUAUGUUGAAGGUGGGGAAUUAUUUAGCAGAAUAACAAAUGAAUGUAAUAAUGGUCGAGGAUUAGGCGAGACAAUCAGUAAAUUUUAUGCUUGGCAAAUGCUUCAGGCUGUGCAAUAUCUGCAUGCCCACAACAUUGUCCAUCGAGACAUCAAGCCUGAAAACAUUCUUUUGCUUAAGAAAAAUAUAUUCACUGUCGUUAAGUUGUCCGAUUUUGGUCUAAGUAAAGCUGGCGAUAAUUCCAUGGAAACUUUUUGUGGAACCCAGAGUUAUAUGGCGCCAGAACUAUGGUCAGAUGCUCGACAUUAUUGUUCCAAAGUCGAUAUAUGGGCAUUAGGUGCGAUACUAUUUACAUGUUUAUGUGGAUAUCCACCAUUUAGUACUGAUUAUACAGAUUUUUCCUUGAAGGAACAAAUAAUGAAAGGUCGUCUGAUUUUUUGUCAAGUGUGGAAAAAAAUAUCUGUGCAAGCUCAGUACUUAGUUAGAUGUAUGCUUCGGGUAGAUCCUUCAAGGCGUUUGGCUGCAACUGAUGUGCUUGCAAAUGACUGGUUUAAUGAUCCAGUAGUAAUUAAGGCCAAAUCUAUAGUAUCUUCUUACUUGGAUGAAAGAAAAUCGCUGACAAAUGAUGGGGUAAACUGA